ACCCACGAAGCCUUCUUGCAGAUCCCACCUAGAGUCUCGUCGGAGCGAGAGUGAGAGCGCGCGCUUGGCUGGGGAGCCAUGGCCAUGAGCGGGCUCGGCGGUGUGAUUGCGGGCGCCGUGGGGAAGCAGAUCGUGAGCAAGCUCGGUGAAUACGCCGCGUCGGAGGUUAGUCUGCAGUGGAGGUACAGGGAGGAGGUGCUGGAGUUGGGGGAGAAGAUGAAAGAUGUGGAGGCCGUGCUGGGCGACGCCGACGAGAGGUCGCGCCGACAAGGGCGGCAAGGUGGCAGGGUGUACGAGCGGUGGCUCGCCAAGUUCAAGCGCGUGGCGUACGACGUGGAGGACGUGCUCGACGAGCUGGACGCCAAUGAGCUCAUCAGCAAGACCCAAUCCAAGGUCAGCUUCUGGUUUUCCAGACACAACCAACUCCUGCAGCGAGUAACCAUGCCACACAAGAUGAAGAAGGUGAUGAACAAGAUUGACAAAAUUAAAGAGGAGGGCAGUAGUGAGCUCAAUCUUGUGCCUCGAGAAGCAAGGGGGCAAGGGAACAGAAACAAUGAAACUUUUGCAGCCAACUGGAAUGGUGAUGGCAUCAAAACUGGAAUGGCGGGGAGGGUUAUCGAGAAGGAGAAGAUAAUCAGCCUGCUGCUCACAAGUGAAGAAGCUGACCGGAAUAUCUCCAUCAUUCCAGUUGUUGGCCUUGGUGGCAUAGGCAAGACAACAUUGGUUGAAUCGGUUCUUGCAGACAAGAGGGUCAACGUCUUUGAUGUCUCAGUCUGGGUUCAUGUGUCGAAGCAGUUUGAUUUGAGCAAAAUUGGGAGGGCCAUCCUGAAAAGCUUGAAUAGCAACAUCAACAACCUUAGCGAUUGUACUAUGCAGUUUCUGUCUGAUAAUCUGACCAAAGAACUUGCUACUAGAAGAUACUUGAUUGUCCUGGAUGAUCUAUGUGAGGAAGAUGGAAAUAACCUUGAAGAGUUGAAGAUGUUACAGCAUGGCCGCAAGGGUAGCCGCAUUAUUGUAACUACCCGAAACCAAAGCGUGGUGCAAUGCUUGCGCACUGGUUUUCUUGCAAAUCAGUGGAAAAUUUGUCCAAUUCCUGAGUCUGAAGUCAUCAAUCUGGAUGUUUUAAACCCUGAUGACUGUUGGGAAUUGAUGAAGCAAAGGGCAUUUGGGCCUGGUGAUGACCAAAGUAGCUUGGAAGAAAUCGGAAAGCAGAUUGCAGGCAAGUGUGGGGGUUUACCACUUGUUGCAAACGCUCUUGGGCAAGUAAUGUCAGAGAGAAAGAACGUCGGGGCAUGGGAAGAUAUAAGAGACACCAAGGUUGAUUUGGGUUUGAGAGAUCAGAAAGAAACAUUAGAGAGGCUAAUGCUGAGCUAUUACCACAUGGAGCCAGAAUUCAAAAUGUGUUUCACAUACUUGGCAACCUUCCCCAAGGGCUUUGUCAUGCACAGGAAUCGUCUAAUCCAGCAAUGGAAUGCACUUGGAUACAUUAAUUCAAGGCACGAUGGUCAAAGGUGCAUCAACUACCUUCUGGGGAUGUCCUUUCUUCGGAUUCCAGGUUCCACUUCGGUUAAUCCAAGUCCAUUGCAUUUCAAAGCUCCUACAGAACUCGUCAUGCAUGAUUUGGUGCAUGAUCUUGCAUCAAUAAUUGUUCUUGAUGAGUUCAUUGAUCUGGAUGCUACCAAGAGCGCCAGCUGGAACAAAGCUCGCUACUGCCGACAUGCACAGUUAACCAACUUCAAGAAUGAUCCCGAGGUUUUCAAAUAUAUUCCAGGCAAGCUUAGAUCCCUCCAAUUUAGGGAUUUGGGGGGACGCCAACUCCCUAAAAAGGCAUUUUCUCGGUCCAAGUACAUACGUGUCUUGGACCUAAGUGGACAUUCAGCUAAUGGCCAAUCUGCUCCAAGUAGUGUGGUGCUGCCAUCUUCCAUUAAUCAAUUGAAACUAAUUAGGUAUCUUGAUGCCACAUGCUUGCCAAUAACAUCACUUCCUAAGUAUUUUCAUGCACUUCAAAACAUGGAAACUCUUAUUCUGUCCAAUUGCUUUCUUGAAACCUUGCCUGACAGUAUUUGUCGCCUCACCAAACUUUGCUAUUUGGACCUAUCUGGCAGUAGCGGCCUCGGUAAGCUACUUGCAUCACUAGGGGAGCUCUCUCAACUCUUUUUCCUUAAUCUAUCCGGGUGUUCUAUACUCCAACAGUUGCCUGAAUCAAUCUGUGAGCUUACAUGUUUACAUCACCUGGACAUGUCAGAUUGUUGUGCUCUUCAAAAGUUGCCUGAUAAAUUUGGUGGCCUUCUUAAACUCUCAUUCUUAAACUUGUCAGGAUGUUCGAAGCUCACCAAACUACCUGACAAUGUAAGCUUUCCGUGUUUAGAGCAUCUGAACCUAUCUAGUUGCCAUGAGCUAGAAAACCUGCCAAUUGAUUUCGGCCACCUUCAGAAGCUUGAGUUCAUGAACCUCUCUGGUUGCUACAAGCUUAGGGAGCUCCCCUCCUCAUUUGGUGACCUUAAGCUUCAAAUACUGCACAUGAAUGGCCUUAGAGAUAUGGAUGACUGCCCUGAUAGCAUUGGUGACAUGACUAGUCUCACCCAGUUUGUGACUUGUAAUGCAACUUCUGGUUUGCUUGAUGAGAAUGUCAAGCGUCCAGAAGAUGCAGACAGUUUCAAACUGCGUGAUAAAUCAGAUAUCCGAGCACUAAAACUUUGCUGGGAAAAUGAAGGAGGUGAAUCUGUGCUGGACAGGCUCGUUCCUCCUCGGACUCUUGAAAACUUUGAGCUAGUUGGGUAUAGGAGCAAUGAAUUCCCUGAUUGGAUGUUUGACAUCUCGUCCUACCUGCCUUUUCUCAGUGAACUGACUCUUUAUGGUUUGGAAGAAUGUGAUAGUCUUCCUCCAUUCGUGGCACUGCCGAAUUUAAGAAGCAUAUCUCUAUACAACAUUCCCAAGAUUAGAAAAAUUGGCAAGGAAUUCUAUGGAGAGGGCAGACCUUGUAUGAAACUAAGAGUACUGCGAUUGGAGUUGAUGGAGAAUUUGGAGGAAUGGUGGACAACAGAGUCAAGUAAAGAAAAUGAAGAGUUUCUAAUCCCUAAUUUGCAUUAUUUGGAGGUAGUGAACUGCCAAAAGCUGAAGUUCCUGCCAUAUCCCCCAAGAAGUAUGUUUUGGUUUUUGAGCAACAACGAGACAGUUUUGCCUGAACGAGGAUUUGGAAAGCUCUUGUCUUCCAUUCUUUCCUUCUACGAUGGUUCUAGAGAGUUGUAGUUUCUCUGAAGACAAGUGGGAGAGACUUCAACACUUUCCCACCCUUGAGAUAUUUCAGUUAACAUCCGUCAGUGGCUUGAGGACUUUGCCAGAGGUCAUACGAUGCUUCAGCUCUCUCACUGUACUACAUUUAUCUAUGUUGAAGGACCUGGAGACACUGCCAGUAUGGUUGGGCCACCUAUGUUCUCUAGAAAAAAUUGUAGUCUGUGAUUGCCCUAGCGUGACAUCCUUACCUGAAAGCAUGAAAACAUGGAUGUUGUUAGAGUGCAAAGGCCUGGAGACAUUACCUGAAUGGUUGGGAUAGCUGACUUCUCUAGGAGAACUUAAGAUCAAUGAUUGCCUCAACCUGACAUCUUUGCCUGAAAGCAUGAAGAACCUCACCGCUCUUAAAAUACUGAAGUUGACAGAUUGCGAAGCCUAGCGACAUUACCUGAAUGGUUGGGACAGCUGACUUCUCUAGAAGCACUUAGUAUCAAAGAUUUGCCCCAACCUGCCAUCUUUACCCGAAAGCAUCAAAAAGCUCACCGCUCUUAAAAUAAUACUCUUGUCAGAGUGCAAAGGCCUGGAGACAGUACCUAAAUAUUUGGGACAGUUGACUUCUUUGGAAGUACUUUUCAUUGGCAGUUGCCCCAA